ACAGCAAGAAACAAGAUUGGGAGAGAUUAGGGAGGUGGUUUCCAUCUGACAUUAUUGCUACGGCUUCUGUGACGUCAGGGGUUCGGGCGUAGUUAUUACUUGCAGAUCGACUUCAGCGGACGACGCGACGAUACAAAUAAUAGCCGUUUUUUCUUAAUAGCCUGCCGAGUCUUAGAACUUCGCCAUGAUGGAGGUAGUUCCAGUAGAGGAUGAUUUACCAGCCGCGGCCGACUUCGCCGAGUCGCCUGAGUCGGAGCGGCAGGAGGCGAGGGAGGUGCUGGUGCACGUCAACUCGGACGGGUACCGGUGGCUUAAAUACGGCUCUAAGUUCCUGAAAGGCGGACUCAAGAGAGCUUACUACCGCUGCGCGGCGAGCAACCCGCAGUACCGCAGCGCGGGCGCGGAGGCGUGCAAGGCGCGCAAGCUCGUGGAUUACGACCCCGCCACGGGGAUCAUCCACGCGUCCACGGGGAUUCUCCACGCGUCCACGGCCGCCGUCACGCACCUCGCGGGCGCCGAGCACAACCACCCUCCGUCCUCCGUGUACCACCGCGCGGCGGAGUCGCCGCCGCCGCGGGUGAAGGAACGGAUUGUGAUAGUAGCGGGGGUGUCGCGGGAGGAAGCGCGGCAGCACCAACCGCAGGAGCAACCGCAGCAGGAGUGGCAUCAGCAUGAGGAGCCGCAGCUCCAGCAACAGCAGGUGCCGCAGCGGCAGCAGCAGAAGCGGCAGCAGCAGGAGUAUCAGCAGGAGCGGCAGCAGCAGCAGCAGGAGCAGGCGCAGGAGCGGCAGCACCGCGGGAGAGCCGAGCACAGUUACCCUCCAUCCUCCCACCCUCCGUCCUCCGUGUACCAGCGCCACGAAACGGCGUGUGCCGCGGCUGAGUCGCCUCCGCGGGUGGCGGAACGGAGUCUGGUGGCUGGGGCGGGGCGGACUGCGACUCGAGACCAGGAAAAGCGGCAGCAGCAGGAGCGGACGCAACAGCAGCAGGAAAGGCUUCAGCAACAGCUUCAUCGGCAGCAGAAGCGGGAGCAGCUGCUGGCGCUGCAAGAACUUGAGAAGCAACAGCGGCAGGAACAGGAAGGGGAGAGGGAGAAGCAUCUUCAUCAGCAGCAGCAGCAGCAGCAGCAACAGCAGCAGCAGCGACAGCGACAACGAGAGGAGCGAGAAGGGCAUCAGAUGAUGCGUCUGCGCCUGCGGCUUGAUCGAGAGGCACUGAUGGCCGAGCUGCAGACGCACGGACUAGACCGUGUCGUCGCACCAAGUCCGGAUGGAGACGCGGCAACGGCGGCGCAGUUACAGAGGCAGGGACUGGACCGUACGGUCGCACCAAGUCCCGAUGGAGACGCAGCAGCGGCAGAGUUACAGUCGCCGGGAAGGGACCGUAGCGUCACAACAAGACUGGACCGUAUCGUGGCACCAAGACUUGAUCGAGAUGCUUUAACGGCAGAAUUACAGAGGCAGGGAAGGGACCGUCUCUGCGCACCACGAAGGCGCGAAGGGGAGGGCUCCGCCAUACAAGCGGCUCCCGCUCGGCCAAUCAGUAGCCAGCAGCCGCCCGUUGGCCGCGACUCUACUGACGGUUUCAGUCAUGGUGGUAACGUUAACGCUGACGGAACUGGGCGGAGAACCGUCAGCCUGGCGUCGCUCAUGCCGGUCACUGCGCGUGACUGCGACAGCGACGAUGGUCGGUUUCGCCAACCCCUCCCACGUAAUCACCGUGACAGCUUUCGCCAGCCCCUUCCACGAGACUGUAACAGCUUUCGCCGACCUCGCCCUCGAGACGGCAGCUUGCUUGAAAAUAGCUCCUGUCACUGCGAUCCUUCGCGUGACCGGGAUACUAUUACCGACCGGGGUCCUCCUACCGACCGGGGUCACACGCGUUGUCAGGAUCCCGCCCGCGGUGGUAACAGCGAUGCUGGUCCUUGCGGCGAGCGCGGCGGUGGCGGCAGCGGCGAUGCCAAUAACGUGACGAAUAACGGCGGCGGUGGUGGCAGCAGGGGCGGUGAUGCUACUGAGGUAUCGCCGAGCAAUGGAGGCGGUGCGGUCACUGGGAGAUCACCCAGCAACGGAGGCGGUGCGUCCGAGGCGAAACCAGCAGCACCAGCACCAGCGGUGUGUGAGGUGGCGCUGGCGACCAGCCUCGCCCCUGCGGCGUACUACCACCUCCCUGCCCUGUUGCCGGAAAGAAUACUCCCGGUCAGUCUCCGGGCUUUUUCUCCUGGCAGUUCUCCUGGCGAUACACCUGACGAUACACCUGACAAUGCACCUGGCAAUACUCCUGGCAAAACUCCUGGCUGUUCUCCUGGCAGGCUUCCAGGCGUGGGUGAUGGGGACUCGGUGCCCCGGCUGCAUGGGGCGUCGUGUUGCCGCUGGUCGUGCUGCCGCUCUGCUGAUUCCCAGCCGCUCAUGCGCCUUCUCCCUGGAGUGGAGGGUGCUUAUGCUGUUAGUUCUGCCGCCGCCGCCGCCGUCGCUGCUGUUGCUGUUCCAGCGGCCGUUGCAACUGCAGCUGCAGCGGCUGCCCCAGUGAUCGCCCACCGUCCCAAGUCUCAAGUCACAGGGGGUGCUGUCUCUGACUCACCCGAGCCUGCCUCGAGACUACCCAUGCCUGCCACCGAACCUGCUGUGCAUGCCGCCAACUCCGCCGAGCCUGCCACCGGGCCUGCCACCGCCACCAAGCUUGCCAUCGAACUUGCCACCAAGCCUGCCAUCGAGCCUGCCGCGGCUGCUGGGGGUUCCGUCAGAGCUGCCACCGACCCUCUGGUUGGCCGUGAGGUGGGAAUGGGCCGGGUUGCCACGACUGCUUGGGGCGCUGAAGACAGCGGGAGAAACGGCCGGGUUGCCAUGGCUGCUGCUGUUGAAGAGCGCGGGAGAAACGGAGGGGGAGCGGGAGGGGAGGGUGUGGGAACGAAAGAGUUGGAUGGGAGGAGGCAAAGGCAGCAGAAUGAGCUUCAGAAUCAGCAGGAGAAUCAGCAUGAGGAUCAGCGGCAGAAUCAGCAUCAGAAUCAGCAUCAGAAUCAGCAUCAGAAUCAGCAUCAAAAUCAGCAUCCGAAUCAGCAUCCGAAUCAGCAUCAGAAUCAGCAUCAGAAUCGGCAGAAGAAUCGGCUGCAGCAGGAAAGCUGGAAGGAGGGAGCAGUAGUGGUGGGUGACAGGCACAAGCAGAACUCUCGCAAUGCGGCGGUGCCACCAUGUUGUAACCAGCACACCGCGAGCAAGGACAGGGACGGGUUGCAGGUCAGAAAAGUGAUCCGCCCUGAGCGCCGCCCUGAGCGCGCUGAGCGCCCUGAGCGCUAUGGAGAGCGCGCUGAGCGGAGUGAACGGAGUGGUGGGCGCAACGGCGAGCGCAGUGCGCGCAAUGGAGAGCGCAAUGGAGAGCGCAGCGAGGUGACGGUGAUGGUCUUGAGUGGGUCGCCAGUAGAGCAUUCCGCCGUGGUGUGGCUUGGCAGUAGGGCCUCGUGGUUCGGCGGCUGGGUGCACCGAAAGAGAAAGGGGCGGGAGGGGCAGGUGGGGGGGAAUGAGAGAGAGGCGAAGAGGGCUGGUAGGGAGGUUUUAGGAGGUGGGGAGAGAACUGGAGGUGAGCUGAAAGGAGGAGAGGAGAGAGGGACUGGAAAAGAGGUUUUUGGAGGGGAUAGGAAUGGGAAGGGCAAGGGUGGAGUGGGUGCGAAGAGAAGGCGUGAGGGUGGGGCGGAUAGAGAGGAUGGGAAGGUUGGAAAGGGGAGUGAGGUGGGUGAUGGAGUGAGGAUGAGGGCGAGUGAGGAAGAAGUGAGGAUAAGGGAGAACGAAAACGAGAACGAAGUGGGGGCGAUCGACCAAGGAGAAAGGGCGGCGGCAGCAGCAGCAGCAGCAGCGGUGGUAGCAGCAAAAGAGGAAGCUGCGACUGUGGUGCCGAUUAAAGCGGAACGCCGCAGUGACAUGUGCAUCGACGCGGCUCAAAUUGCACCUGAGCAGCAGCAGGAGGAGGAGAGAGGGGAGGGAGGAGAUGGGAGGAGGAGAGGAGAGGCGGAGAGUGGAGGAGCAGAGAGAGGAAGCAGUGAUGGCGGUCCUAGAGAUGCGGGUGACGAAGCGGCUUUCGAGUCGAUUGAGAAGUCGCCUGCUGAUGGAGAGAAGGGAGGCAGGGACGGCGGGUCUAGAGCGGUGGAGGGCGAGGUGACUUUUGAGGGCGAAGCGACUUUUGAGUCGACUGAAAGGUCACCUCAGGAUGGAGUGAAAGGAAGCAUGGACGGCGGGUCUAGAGGGGCGCAGGGUGAAGAAGAAGGGCCGGGAGGUGCUGCUGCGCUGGUUGCUCUGGCCGCGGCUGCUGUCGCUGAAAUCAGCCAUGGAUCUUUGAGGCGCCUCAAAAACCAUGGAUCCAUUCCUUAUGCCCCUGCGGCCCCAGUGGCCGUUGCCCCCCCUGCAGCCCCUGCAGCCCCUGCAGCCCCUGCAGCCCCUGCAGCCCCUUCAGCCCCUGCAGCCCCUGCAGCCCCUUCAGCCCCUUCAGCACCUUCAGCCCCUUCAGCCCCUGCAGCCCCUUCAGCCUCUGUGGCACAUUCAGCAGCGUCAACUGCGGCACCUGCCGCCCCAGCAGCACCUGCAGUGCAUAUGAGCAGCCCCGGCAACUCACCCUCGACUGUGGCCAUGCGAGCCUGGGGAAUGACGUGCACCGAACCUUUAGCCACUGCAACUUGUUUGACAUCAGCUAACUUGACAUCAGCUAACUUGACAGCAGCUGACUUGACAGCAGCACGCGUAUCUGACCCGUCCUUUGAGGCGCUUCAGAACUCUACACAUGCCGAGCCUGCAACUACAGCAACUUUCUUGGCAGCAUCACCCAUGCCGAACCCGUCCACCUGCCAGCCCAGCAUCCGGCCUUGCCAGGUCAGCAGCCGCCAGGUCAGCAGCCAGCCUGGCAGCAGCGGGCCGUGCAAUCCAGACCUGUCAGCGGAUCGCACCCUUCCCCUCCUGCUGUCCGCUCCCUCCCUCCGCCUCUGCAGCCGCAGACGCGGGGGGUGGGGGGCGGCAGGGGGUCUGGGGCCUCUCUCUCACUUGCCGCAGUCUUGGAACGGCCUGGCUCUGGCCCCCCACAGCAGCACCCGCCCCGCCACAGGCCCUGCGCCAUCUCCACACUACAGCCCCCUGGGAGCAGCGCCUUCUCAUGGGCUUAUACUCCCCCUUGAGGGAGCGUCCUGUGCCUUCAGGGCGGCCCAGAGGCUUCCCCAUGGGGGGAUGGUGGCUUCACAUGGAGGGAUGCCUUCGCAUGGUCUGACUGCUGCUGUUGAUGCUUCUAGGAGUGCGCCGAGGGGUGAUGCGCCGCACUUUACGGAGCCCUGCUAUGGCCGCAUGCCCAUGGGUGUGCCGCCACGUGGCAUGGCGUCAGCGCCAGCGGUGCGCGUUCCACCUGGUGGCAUGAUGGCAGGAGGCAGGGAGUGUGGGCCCGUUAACCGCCUGCCAGGCUGGAGCGCAGGCCCACCUGUGCCACCUCGUUCCCUCCCUAACUCCCUCCCUCGCUCCCCGCCUUCCUAUUCGUCCAUGCGCCCCCCAGCUGUGCCUAGGAAGCAGACAGGUUCAGCAGCAGCAGCAGCAGCAGCAGCAGCAGCAGGAGGGAAGGGUGCAGAGGGUGUAGGUGCAAUCACUGGCACCAGCGGCACCACCACUGCUACCAGCACUAUCGGCAUUACCAAUGGUACCACCAGCAGCACCAUCACUGCCAUCGCCACCACCAGAAACACCAGUGGUGGGAUUUCUGAGGUUAUGGAAUGCUCCAUCCGCUUGCCAGACACAGCAGCAGCAGCAGCACCUGUGGUGGUUGUACCAGAAUUGGUGCGUUGUUGCGACAUUGACACUAGUAGCAGGCUCAGCGACAGAGGAAACGAAUCCUCUAGUGCCAGAAUCGGUGCUGCUGCUGCUGCUGCUGCUGCUGCUGGUAAUGUGGGUGCUUCUGGUCGUGCAGCUUCUGGCAGUGGCUCUGCCUUGUUUGCUGGCACUCACAUGAGACUGGGGAGUGGUGUGACGGUGGUGAGGGAGAGUGCUGCAGUUGGCGCCAGGGGGUUCAUUCAAAAGCAGGGAGUGGGAGAGGUUUGCGCGAGAAGGGGUUUACCGAAAUACGCCCUCACGCUGCAAAGCCUGAUGCCAUUGCAUGGGCAAUGAUUCUGCAGUAGAACCAACUAUUGAACAGUUGUAAGGGAAUGCACACAACCCAUGGGAGAUUUUAUUCACGACUUGUCAAUACCAAUUUAGCUCUGUAAAUGGUUAGGAACUGGCAUACUACAGUAUCAGUGACUUCCGCAAUUUCCCAUUUUAGAGAAGGCGCUGAGAGCACAAGGGUGUCUUCCUGCAUGUGACCGUAAUCUCCCGGCAUGAUGACCCUAGGUCAUGUGGAAAAUUCAGUGAAAAUCGUUU